UGCUAGAAAGUCAUUAUUAUUAUUAUUAUUAUUAUUAUUAUUAUUGUUGUUAUUCAUUUACCCAGGUGUCUGUUUACUAGGGGUGUCACGAGACAACACAGGAUGAGAUUUUAACAUUUAUUUUUAGAAAAGCACAAUGAAACGAUAUGACUAUACAAACAAACUUUGUUAUUUAACAAAAAACAGGCGCACUGUGAAAUGUUUUUUGUCCCACAAAUUGACACUCAAGUAUAUUGUCAACAUUUUUUUUUAGACCAAAUAAUGAUAAUACUGGAUAUUAUAAGAAAUAAUCAUUAUUCUAAUAAUAACAGUGGUUAGCAUGUUGGCCACACAGUCAGGAGACGUGGAAAAUCUGGGUUCGAAUGGUGUGGAGUUUCUCUCAUCCAAAGUCAUGUGGGAUAGGCUCCAGCAUACCCACCCCGACCCUAGUGAGCAUUAGGCGGCAUAGAAAAUGAACGAAUAAUAAUACAGCUCAAUGUAUUUCUCUUAUGUACUUGUUUUUGUCCGUUCACAUCAGGGCUGUCCACUUGUCUUUGAUAGAAUUUAAAAAAUUGGAAUAAAAGAUUAAGUAUAUAUUUAAAGACAAAUCUUUGUGUUUAUUAGUCAUUAGCAUCAACAUUUGAGGUUUUUUCUAGUUAUAUUAUGCCUUUUUUGCCUUAUUUUUCCACUUUUGCUGGGUUAUUUUAUUUCCACGAUGAGCCACGUUCCACAGAUGGCCGCUGCGCCACACUUUGGCAACCAAUGCAUGUUUUGCCAGGAAAGCGACUGUGUCCAAGGUCUGCCUUCUUGGCUCUGUUGGUCAAGGGCUGGGUUGCCUUGUGGAGGCGUUUUACAGCUUUCACACGUGCAUUGCACGGCGUUACGGAGGUGGAGAUCACUCCCGCUCACCUGCCCGGUGGAUUCUUGACCUUUUGUUGAUGACUUGUAUACAAUGGCCAAAUUGAACACACUUAAAUGUGCACCCCUACUUGCUAAAUAUAGCGACCAUGUGGCUAAAUUGUUAACACGGAUCUUUUCUACGCAUGAGGUGUGUUAUGAAACGGAACAGAUGAUCGCUGGUGCUUGAAAGUUGGCGCUGAGCCAAAUGGAAUGAGCAUCAAUAGAAGCGCUCGGUGAUUAAUGGUGCAGACAACUCCCGACAUCUACGUGGGCAGAUGUGAUAAAUCAAUGAAAUGUAGAAUUACUACAGCUUCUGCUCGGACAACAAGUAGCAAGCAGCCGUUUAACUCCCAUGGAAAAACAUCCACGCGUCACUGACACUGUGAACACCAUGGUAGGUUGGAUUGCAAGGUGUGCAUAAAUUCCAAUAAUGACUUGCACACUGCCGCUUCUAUAUCACUGUAUUAUCAUUCAUAAGAGCCAUGCCAUACUUCCAUCUGGCUUCUGGCUGCCCUGUUCUCACCAUACAACUUUCCUCCAAACCACAAAUCUCACCUUUUAAUCUCAUGUGAUGAGAUCUUGUGACACUCCUAAUGUUUAAUGUUAAAAGAACCUUGUGGAAUGAUGACAUGAGGGUGACUUGAUGGAGCAGAUGGAUGGACCAGUAAUGGGCACAAAGCCACAUCACUCAUCAUCACACGCCUCUUCCAUACCCUCAACAACACGCAUGCACACAAAGGGCUGCCGUCAUGUCGGCCAUCGUGCGUACUUCCUGAUUGAAGUGCUAUCAGUUAAGCAAUGAGGUUUGGCCAGGUGCUGCAUGUAUUUAGCUCAUGUCCUUUCAUUUUACACAGCGGUGUUUUCACAUGGCAAACAUGUGACUGAUCCAUUUUAAACUUAAACAUGUUUGGAAAGCAUAAAAUAUGUGGAGACUUGACAAGAGGCCUUUUCAGAAUUUCCCCAUCGGGCACAAUCCUUAUGUGAGACAUGAACACGCACAUCUUUCUCUUUUCUGUGCCUUUCAUAUACGUAUACGGUAUGUACAGUGGUGUGAAAAAGUGUUUGACCCUUUCCUGAUUUCUUAUUUUUCUUGUCACACUUACAUGUUUCAGAUCAUCAAAAAGAUUUAACAACACAACACAAAGAACAGAAAAUACAGUUUUUAAAUGAAACUUUUUAUUAUUAAGGGAGAAAAAAAUCCAAAGCUACAUGUCCCUGUGUGAAAAAGUGAUUGUCCCCUAAACCUAAUAAGUGGUUGGGCCCCCCUUACCAGCAACAACUGCAAUCAAGCGUUUGUGAUAACUUGCAAUGAGUCUCUUACAGCGCUGGGGAGGAAUUUUGGGCCACUCAUCUUUGCAGAAUUGUUGUCAUUCAGCCACAUUGGAGGCUUUUCCAGCAUGAAGCUCCUUUUUAAGGUCAUGCCACAGCAUCUCAAUAGGAUUCAGGUCAGGACUUGGACUAGGCCACUCCAAAGUCUUCAUUUUGUUUUUCUUCAGCCAUUCAGAGGUGGACUUGCUGGUGUGUUUUGGAUCAUUGUCCUGCUGCAGAACCCAAGUUGGUUUCAACUUGAGGUCACCAACAGAUGGCCGGACAUUCUCCUUCAGCAGAAUUCAUGGUUCAUUUAUCACAGCAAGUCUUCCAGGUCCUGAAGCAGCAAAACAGCCCCAGACCAUCACACUACCACCACCAUAUUUUACUAUUGGUAUGAUGUUCUUUUUCUGAAAUGCGGCGUUACUUUUACGCCAAAUGUAAUGGGACACACACCUUCCAAAAAGUUCAGCUUUUGUCUCGUCAGACCACAGAGUGUUUUCCCAAAGGUCUUGGGGAUCAUCAAGAUGUUUUCUGGCAAAACAGACGAGCCUGAAUGUUUUUUUGGGUCUUGGAACUCUGCCAUGCAGGCCGUUUUUGCCCAGUGUCUUUCUUAUGGUGGAAUCAUGAACACUGACCUUAACUGAGGCAAGUGAGGCCUGCAGUUCUUUGGAUGCUGUUGUGGGGUCUUUUGUGACCUCUUGUUUUUGCCAUUUGUGGAUGAUGGCUCUCACUGUGGUUCACUGGAGUGCCAAAGCUUUAGAAAUGGCUUUAUAACCUUUUCCACACUGAUAGAUCUCAAUUAAUCUCACUUAAGUUAUGUUUUAACUGGGGGGGGGAAUCACUUUUUCACACAAGGCCAUGUCGGUUUGGAUUUUUUUUUCUCUUUUAAUAAUAAAAAGUUUCAUUUUUGAAGUGCAUCUUGUGUUCAGUUGUGUUGUCAUCGACUAACAUUUAAAAUAGUUUGAUGAUCUGAAACAUUUAAGUGUGACAAACAUGCAAAAAAAGGUAAGAAAUCAGGAAGGGGGCAAACACUUUUCCACACCACUGUACAUACAGUAUAUGUAUGUACUGUAUGAAAAAUGCACAGACUCACUCUUGGAAUAAAAGAGACUUUUCAUGUCAGUGGGGUUAAAUAAAGGAUCUAUACAGUCUUGAUAAGAAGCAUGGCUAUAUUUGUGAAAAUGUUUAUUUUCACUUAAAUGCAAAUAAGUUAGAAGGGAAAUGAUUAGUGUUUUUUAAAUUGAGUUGCCCAAUUAUUGCACACAGCAAUAUUUGGCAGAUAAAGCACAAAGCGUGUGUUAGGCUUUCGGCGAAUGCCGGAACUAGGACCCCAAGAUGCGAGAGUUGAGUGGUGUAAUGAUAUUUAUUACACGCAACGGAAAAAGAUACAAAGAGGAAAAGCAAGGUAAAAGUCCAACACAAAACACCCGGAAUGCUCACGGGGGAAAAAGGCAAGAACUAAGGGAGCUACCAACACACACGGCAGAGGAAACUAGCAAAAGGCAAACUCAAAAGCACUGCUGAAAACCAAGCAGGCAGGAUUAAAUUAGGGAGGUGCUCACACUGCUGGAAAACACGCUAAACAGGGGUACAGGCAGAACAGCAUACAGCUGAGACUAGGCAAGGCAAGUUAGCAAAAUGAGAAUGCUGGAGAGCCGUGUUUGACGUGAGUCUGGCAACAAUCUGGCGACGAGUGGUGGUGAGCUUGCUGCUUAAGAGUCGCCGCCAGAUGGGAUGCAGGUGCGUCAAUUAACUGGUGAUUGGCAGGAGAGGUGCGCUGCAACAAAAAGCAGAGAGGGGGUAGCAACAGAAGCGUGACCAGUAGUCCAAUAUUCAGAUGGGCGGUUUUGGGCGGUACCAGUGGCUCCAUGUGACUUUGAUCAGCCUCCCGGGCCUCCUGAUGGCGAGUCAGAACCUUUUAAACAACUUUGUUUCCGGAACCCCCUCACACCAUUGCAGCCUGUCGGCCAAUCACAGCCUCCUGAAGGUGGAGGAGAAAGACGUCUGGAAGGCCUUCAUACCUCUGGACUCUUCAGGAACACGACUGGACCGCUGCAGCAGGUACGUGACGCCUCAGUGGCACCUGCUAGCGGCUAACAGCUCUGCUAACACCAGCCACUUGCACACCGAAAGCUGUUUGGACGGAUGGACCUUUGACCGUUCCGAGUUCCUCGCCACCACUGUUUCCGAGUGGGAGCUGGUUUGUUCUCUGCGUCCUCUCAAGCAGAUGAUUCAGACCAUCUACAUGGGCGGAGUUUUAUCUGGCGCCAUCAUCUAUGGCGGCCUGUCUGACAGGUUUGGGCGGCGGACGGUCCUUAUUUGGUCUUACCUGCAGUUGGGCAUCCUCGGCUGUAGCUCCGCCCUCUCGCCGUCUUACUCCAUCUACUGCGUUUUCAGGUUUCUGAGCGGGAUGGCAGUGUCGGGGGUCAUCCUGAACUCCGUGUCCCUGAAGGUGGAGUGGAUUCCGACCAAAACCAGGACGCUGGUGGGCACGCUCACUUCCUUCUUCUUCACCUUUGGUCAGCUGAUCUUGGCGGGCUUGGCUUAUUGGCUGAGAGAUUGGCGGAAGCUACAGGUGGUGGUCUGUGCUCCCCACUUCUUGUUCUUUGCCUACAGCUGGUGGUACUCUGAGUCGGCGCGAUGGAUGGUUCUAAAGCGAAAAUCUGAAAAGGCAUUGAAGACCCUGCACCGAGUGGCUCGAAUCAACGGAAAAAAGGAAGUGGUGGACAAGCUGACACUGGAGGUUCUUCACUCUCACAUGAGCAAAGAGAUGGAGUCCUCUCAGACGAUGCUGACAGCUUACGACUUGGUGAGGACUCCAGGAAUGAGGCGCAUUUCCAUGUGUCUCAUCGCAGCCUGGUUCUCAACCAGCUUUGCCUAUUAUGGCUUGGCCAUGGACCUGCAGAAGUUUGGGCUGAGUAUUUACAUGAUCCAGAUCAUCUUUGGAGCUGUUGAUUUCCCCGCCAAACUUUUGGCUCUGGGCAUGCUCAGUUAUCUCGGGAGAAGAGUGACUCAGGCCUCGUGCCUCAUCAUGUCCGCCCUUGUCAUCUUCGCCAACAUCUUCGUGCCGGCAGACAUGCAGACCGUUAGAACCACAGUGGCAUGUCUCGGUAAAGCCUUCACAUCAGCGUCCUUCACCACCGUCUAUUUGUACACUGGAGAACUUUACCCCACCAUCAUCAGGCAGACUGGAAUGGGUCUGGUCUCCACCAUGGCCAGAGUUGGCAGCAUGGCGGCGCCGGCUGUCCUCAUCCUGGACGAGGUGUUCCCUUCGCUGCCCAGCGUGGUCUACGGGGGGGCAGCUGUGGUAGCCUCAGGCUUCGCUUGCUUUCUGCCUGAGACGCUAAACGUUCCGCUGCCAGACACCAUCCAGGAUGUGGAGGAGAGAUGGUCUGGAAGAAGCCCGGCCUACCUGAAGAAAAAGGCAGCAUCUUCAGAAGAUGAGCAAGUGGUUUCCUUCAAAGAAGUGAAGGAACUUGAAGGAAGUGGCCUCAACGCUCUUUGACACAUCAAAUAUAUCCCAUUUUUAAACAUUCCUGCUAAUUCACUGAUUUGAACAUAACAGGAAUAAAACGUGAACACGUUACAGAUUUGUAAGAUUAACAUUUUCAAUUCACAGAUGGCUUUUAUUCCCUUUGAAAUGGAUGAGAAAAUAAUCAGUUUCAUGUAAAAUAAAACUUGUCAGUCCACUGAGUCUAUGUGAAUGUCAUUUUGUUCUCCAUAGAAUACAAUACAAACGACAAUGUCUUCUAACCUUUCAAAUAAUUUUGAAAUGUUUUGUAAAAUUAGGGAUUUGGGCUAAUAAGUGAACCAAUGAAAAAAGUGUUAAGGUUGAUUAACUACUGGAACUGAGUAGGGGAUAGGAUAAAUCAAUGUUAA